GGGCGUUCCGUUUUGUAACAGAUGCUGAAUUCGUGAGGUAGUUAAACGGCUCCGGAGACCACCCGAAUUGGGAGGAGGCCAAAGGAGCUGCUCGCAGAGAUACCUAUGGAAAGUCCACAAACAGGACAUGAGGGCGGCCCUCUUCUCAUUGGUUCACAGCAGCUGAUAAUCAGAGGAUUGUUUGGAGCCAAAAUCCAUUUAUGGUUGUAUCCUUUGUCUAUUUUUAAUAUACUGCCCUAAUUUGCUUGCUGUAAAGGGAGUAUGCAUCUAGAGAUCAAAGUUGCUCUGAACUUCAUCAUCUCAUAUCUGUACAACAAGCUUCCACGGAGGCGAGCUGACUUGUUUGGUGAAGAGCUAGAGAGGCUGCUAAAAAAGAAAUAUGAAGGUCACUGGUAUCCAGAGAAACCUCUGAAAGGUUCUGGCUACCGUUGUGUUCACAUUGGAGAAACUGUGGACCCCGUAGUAGAAAUGGCAGCCAAGAGGAGUGGACUUGCUGUAGAGGAUGUACGAGCCAAUGUUCCCGAAGAACUCAGUGUUUGGGUUGAUCCCUUUGAGGUCUCUUACCAAAUUGGUGAGAAAGGGUCAGUCAAGGUCCUCUAUCUGGAUGACAGUGAGGGCUGCAGUGCAGUUGAGUUGGACAAGGAGAUCAAGAGCAGUUUCAAUCCUGAUGCACAGGUGUUUGUACCUAUUGGAAGCCAGGACAAUUCCUUGUCUAAUUCUCCAUCUCCAUCUUUUGGUCAGUCACCUAGCCCUACAUUCAUCCCACGAUCUGCUCAGCCAAUUACUUUUACCACUGCUACAUUUGCUGCCACAAAGUUUGGCUCAACUAAGAUGAAGAAAGGUGGAGGAGCUGGAGCAAGCACCAAUGGUACAGGGGUUCCACAGCAGCCACAACGUUCGGUCCGUUCACCCACCAAUAGUCUGCUGAAGCACAAAGGCCUUUCCCUGUCUAUGCAUUCUCUGAACUUCAUCGGGGGCAGCCCAGCCCCUCAGUCUCAACUCUCCCCCAAUGCCAAGGAGUUUGUUUACAAUGGUGGAUCACCAGGAGCCAGCAGCCUCUUCUUUGAUAGUGUAGCCACUGAAAACCAGGCUGGUAGCAUUCCUCCUCCAUCACAGUUCAGUGCCAGUAAUGGCAGCAGCUUUGACAUGGCUCAGGUUUUUGGUGGAAGCACCAACAGCCUUUUUCUGGAGAAGACACCCUUUGUGGAAGGACUCAGCUACAAUCUGAAUGCCAUGCAGUAUCCCAGUCAGUCGUUCCAGCCAGUGGUUUUGGCCAACUGACCACCACAUGAGUAUUCUGGGGAAAACCACUUCCAAAAAAAAAACAAAAAAAAACCUGA